ACCGAUGAUGAUCCUCAUCUUUCCACCGGCCUGAGAGUACCCCUAGCAGGAUAGGAGCACUCACAUGUGUCACGAGGUCCUCCCCGGCGUCCAAGUUUCAUCCCACUUUCAUUAAUGUACAUACAGGACCGUUACGGAUGGCUUACAAUGCCAUAGCCUCGCCAUGUAGGUACAUGCCGAACGAUGAUUCCACGAUGGGCGCAGCAACUGAUGUGGAUCGGAAUCCCAAACAUGAAUAUUUGGAUAUUCGCGGACAUCGAAACAAGUUGACAGGUUUUCCAGGUGCAGUGAUCCUUGUAAACAAGGCGUUUAGUAUGAAGGACCAGCACUUAGCGGAUGCCCUUGAGGAUUGGCGGGAGGCAAGGACAAUUACCGUCUAUGAUUGGGCAAACAUCAAUGACCUUAGCCCUUCUCUCAUUGUAACCAACCCCACUUUAGACCGCAUCCCUGAUUCCAUGCAUCACCACAAAAUCCGAACGUGUCGAGGGAAACGGGUCGGGUCAGAUACCGACAGUUAGGCGGGCGAAGUCCCCGCAGUCAUUCAAAGUUGACGCUGUACUGCUCUCUUUAUCAUAAUUUGCUUUCAAGUCGCUAAGGCCCAACACGGCACUCAGUGUCACCAGACGCAGAGACACCUUCGCCUCUCGCUGCCACCCCGUUGACAUCUGGCGAAGGCUCUUAAAGUGAUGAGCCCUUACCGGAUGUCUGAAG